AUGGAUGUAACGUUGAUCGUGAAAGCUUCCAACCAGCAAUGCGAAGAUCUAACCAUCAAAUGCGAACCAUCCUGGACGAUUCGGCGACUAAAGGGACACCUGACGGAAGUCUAUCCGGGCAAGCCGAGCACUGAUGAACAGAAGCUGAUCUACUCCGGCCAGCUGCUCGGUGACAGUGUGGUCCUGAAGGACGUCCUUCGCCAGUACGAUGGUCAGCAGGCACACACGGUGCAUUUAGUGUUUACGCCAAAGAACAGCUAUUACGGGGGAGGCGGCAGCAGCAGUAGUAGCGGCGGUAGCAAAUCGAAUGCCAACAGCAAAAUGGUUUCGAAUGCAAGUGCAUCCGCUGCCGGGACGAGCAGCAGCAAUAAUGGUAGCAACAAUUCCAGUACCUCGCUCGGGUCUAGCCCAUCCUCCUACGAAAGAAGUGCGCGUGAAGGUGUACACAACGUCGAAGAAGCGAAUGGUGAUGGGCUCCGUCAACGUUCCGUUUCGCAGGCUCGGUCCACGGCAAGAACAACAAACCCGAGACCGUCGCAAUUUGUGGAGCAAACCGUCGCACUUGAAAAUUUCAUGCAACAAACAUACAUGCAAUACCUAAACCAAUAUAUUAAUCUAAUCAACGAACAGACAAAUGCGAAUGCUUUAUACUCUGCUACCGGUCUGCCAGGCGCUAAUGGAAGUAACGAAACGGCACCAUCGACUUUAAAUCCCCUUUCGGGAAAUCAACCAUUUCCAGCUGUUCCAUUCGUGCCGGUCGUACAAUCAGCGACACUGGUUGGAGGUUUCCCUAACCUUGCCUAUUAUCCCUGCAUGACGUCAGCCCCAUAUGCGAGUGGGUUUCCAUCCACCAGCAACAUUCCAACUGCUUCAUCCGAUGCUGGAAGUGUCCCAGGCGUACAAUCCGGCCCAAACCCUUUCUUACCAUCUUCCACGCAUCCUAGCACCGAUGUGGCAUCGGCUUCCGGUCAGCCAAUUCCCUCACCACAACACAUCCCAGGUAUGGUAAACCCAACAUCCUCCAGCUCAUCGAUAGAGGGUGGUGAGGCAAAUGCUGCCACAACUCCGGCAGCAGCUGCAAGUGGUGCAGAAACGGCUGCUGUAGCACCUGCGGAACAGGGCACGCCACAAGAUGCGGCCCCAGCAGCAGCAGCCCCAGCCCGAGCACGUCGGUUUCCCAAUAUUGUGGUCGAGGAGCAGGAAAACAACGAUUGGCUGGAUGUUUUCUUCAGCUUGUGUCGGUUCGGAAUUCUGAUCACGGUCAUUUAUCUUUAUUCGUCUCCGAUCCGAUGCCUGACGGUACUUUUCAUUGGUUUUAUGUUGUAUCUUAAAAAACAUCUACGACGUAUACCUCAGUUGCAAGCAAACCAAGAUGCUAAUGCCGUCGCAGCUCAACGGGAACAGCAGCCAGCGGUGGCUCAACCAAACAACAACAAUGUACCUGAGCACAACAAUCCAGACCAGCAGCUACCGAACGAAUCGGGUGCCGCUAGUGUGGAUAAUGUCGCCAAAACGCGCAACAGUGAAACGGAUAGCGCAACGGCUGGAACGUCUGGCCAGCAGGGAAGCAGCAGUACUAGCAGUAACGAUGCUUCAGUUGUCUCGCGCCCACGGACUAGCUCUGCCGGUCGAAGUACCGAACCAACCACAGCAAACGCGGUUGAAGAGGAGGAACAGCAGCAGCAGACGAUUAGCGAAGGUGAACCGGGGGCUGCCGCUGAACAACCGGCCGCUGAAGGUCAGCGGAUGACAUUCAACGAUAUGACUUCGUUUCUCGGCACGCUGGUGAUAACGUUCUUCACCUCCAUAAUCCCCGAUACGCCUGCAGCGUAA